CUCGUCGACUCUGUGAACAGACGCAAAUUCUUAGCAGCAACAGAAGCCAUGGGCGACAUUGGCAUCGCAGUAGACCCCGCUACGCCCACCUCGCCAGAGCCGAUCACGGUGUUGGUUACCGGGUUUGGGCCCUUCAAAGACAAUCUCGUCAAUGCAUCGCAUCUGAUCGCAUCAUCUCUGCCUCCGUCAAUCGCUCUACCACCAACCUCUGGGAAGACUGGAGAAGCUCCGGCGCGAACAAUUCACAUUCAUGCGCAUCCGACGCCCUUCCCUGUCUCAUAUCACACUGUGCGCACGCUGUUGCCAACUAUCCUGGAGGACUUUGCCCGAGAUCACAAUGGCAAGCGCCCGGAUCUGACUGUACAUAUCGGCAUCGCGCCAAACCGCCAGUGGUAUUCUGUCGAGACGAGAGCAUUCCGCGACAACUACCGCAUCACCGACAUAAAUGAGAAACUGGGCUACGAUGAUGGUGAAAAGAUCUGGAAAGAAAAAGGCCUGCCCGCGGUCAUGUAUCCGCUGCCGGUGGACAACGCAGAUACAGCCAGUAAAGCAAAGGGCUCGGAACAUAAAAUCACACCCUUCCCUCCUAAUAGACAUUUCCUACAAACGUGGCAAUCGAAUGCAUCGCCGGGGACGGAUUUGCGCAUUUCCGACGAUGCGGGCCGGUAUAUGUGCGAAUUUAUCUUCUAUUCCAGCCUUGCUCUAGCAUAUGAAGAGCGCCGGCCUCAGUCCGUGAUGUUUUUGCAUAUUCCUUCGGCGACGGACGAUGCGAGCCUGGAACUGGGCGCCGAGGCUGCUGUUGCUCUUAUCAAGUCAGCGGCGAUCUGUUGGAUUGAUGAGGCCUUGGAUCCCAAAAAGACCGUCAAUGUCCAUCGCACGACAAUGGACAUCCUCAGCAACAUAAAAAUCCCCCCGGCGCCGCUGCAGCUGGCUAUCGCCGGCGCCCUCAUCCUCGCCCGCAUCCUCGCCAUCUUCAUCUGGCCACAGCUGCGCAAGCUGCAGUCCAACUGUCUCCAGCUGCUCGCGCGUCACCAGAGGCGUCAAUCCUACGAAAUCGUCACGCUGCGCGUGUACCCCAUCAAAUCAUGCCGCGGAUUCACGCUGCCCAAGACCACUUUACUGAAACACGGGCUGGACCUGGACCGGCGAUGGAUGUUUGUCGACGCCAGGACCGGCCGCUUCAUCACCAUUCGCCAAACCCCGCGCAUGACGCUGAUCAACCCUUCGCUGAGCGAGGAUGGCUUGCAGCUGCAGCUCCGUAUUUUCGGGGAUGACAAAGUCGUCAGCGUGCCUGCGAGACCGUCGGAGGAAUGGCUGCAGGCCAACACCACGCUCGGCGACGUCAAGAUUUGGAAUACUCGCACCGAUGGCUACUACUAUGGCCCCGAAGUGAACGACACCAUCUCUCAGUUCCUAAACCGACCCGUCUGUCUGGUUUACAAUGGCCCUACCGAACGCCUGCUCGAGGGAAACGGAAACGAAAAGAAUCUGGGUCGAGUGCAGAACACUCAUUUCGCCGACAUGAUGCCCGUGCUCAUCGCCUCUGAGUCGUCCAUUGGCGAACUCAACGCACGAUUGACCCAAAAAGGCGAGUCGCCCAUCACCAUUGAACGAUUUCGGCCCAACAUUAUCGUCAAGGGCAAUGCCCCUUGGUCGGAGGAUUCGUGGAAGACGGUAAGAAUCGUCCCGUCUGGCCCAAACACCAAAAACAAGAAACCAAUCGACAUUGAUGUCGUGUGCCGUUGUGCCCGCUGUCAGGUGCCCAAUGUGGAGCCCUCGACCGCCGAGAAGCACAGCAAUGAGCCGUGGGACACGCUCAUGUCGUAUCGUGUUAUUGACAAGGGGUCCAAGUAUAAACCCUGUUUUGGCAUGCUUUGCUGUCCGCGCAGCGAGGGCGAGAUUGCAGUGGGUAUGAAAUUGGAAGUGCUGGCAGAGACUGAUCAGCAUUUCAUUAUUGAUUAG